AUGUCGCAAGUCAUCAAGAGUUUGCCAAAGGGUCAUGACUCUGGUAAACGUUUGGCUGUUGCUUCAACUGGACUUGAAGUUGGUUUGGAAUCCCAGCCAUCACAGUUGCCUUCAGGUUUUCCUUCAGAAGGGGCCCAGACUUCGGUUCACAACACCUUUGAAUAUCAUGAUCAGCGAUCCCAGCAAGUUUAUGUUGAAGUAGAUCCCAUGGUGUUUUCAAGCAUGGUAUCCGAAGCCAGACGGGUCAUUCAAGAAUCCGAAGAGAAAGCCCAGGGUUUAGAGCAAUUAGCCCAAGAAGUUUACCAGCAAGCAUGUAGCCGCAUUCAUGAGCUUGUGAACCUUACAGAAAGCCUUUACCAGUCCGAUUGUACCAAAGCUUCUGAGAUUGAAAAGCUUCAAGGGCUCAAGGGGAUGUCCAAUCAACCCGUGAUCAACUCCAAGUUCAGAUCAAUCGCAAUCAAGCCAUGGGCUCAGAUUGCCCAUUUUGAGUCCCAAAUGUCCAAUAUCCAGAAUUUAUUUGGUCGCCUGAUGUCCGAAGUUUCCCGUCUCGAAUCGAGUGAAGCCCGGCUUGAGGGGAGCGCCGCUCCUUGUGCCGUGGCAGCAAGCGUUGAGGCACAGAUGAGGUCUGCUCAAGUAGCAGAUGUCGUUUCAGGGAAUCUUGGUGUGGCAGUUGAAAGUCGUGUUGUUGAACAUCCAAGCGAAUCUCAUGCCAAUGUUUUCCAGUCAUCAAUGGAGCAAAGACUGGAGUCGAUGAUGGCAGCUAUUCAGUGCUUGUCAGAUCGAAUGAUCUACUAUGAGCAAAAUGGGGGUGUUGGAGAGGAUGAAUUGAUUGUUGAAGAAAAGACUGAAAGGGAUCUCGUUGACAAUCGUGCCCUUCAAAGUGCAAAGUUGGAGCCCUUGCCCAACAAUGCUGCCGACUUCAGGGUUUGGAGAAAUUCUCUGAUUCUGAUGUUAGGACGCCUUGACAUUAGUGGAAUUGACUACCUUACGACUUGGUUUGCACUUGCAUUCAAGGUUGACUCUGCACAGGAAUGUUCAAGUUCCUCAGGCCUUGUGCCAAGGCUGGACAGGUGGCUCGCAGCAGAGCUCAUCAAGAGUCUGAAAGGAAUUCCUGAGUUGCAGUUGAAGGUCCAGGGUUACAUUGAAAGUUGCACCCGCCAAAGUCAAGCUCCACGAGGCCGGGCAGUUGUCCAAAUGAUCUCUCGACACUUCGACUUGGAUAGGGUCCGUGGGGCGCUCAUCACAUCUCAAUCGGUCUUUUUGGUGGAACUCAAUGGAUACUCAGUUGCUGACCUGCAAGAGUUUUCAUCCAGCCUGAUGAAGGUUUUGAACCAAAUUCCGAGUGAGCAGUGGCCCAACCAAAGAAUGCUUGGAGAGUUUCUUUUCCAUAAGCUUCGGACCGUACGUCGUUUGGAGAGGGUGAUUGAUGAAAUCAAAAGAUCCCCAGAUGAUUCCGCCAUGCGUGAGUUCAACUAUCUUUGGGGAAGAUUGCAAGAGUUUUUGGUUGAAGAGCGCGAAGACGUGAACGCUCGAUCCAUUGAGCAAUCCCUUCGCAAUCAAAAGAAAGGAGACAAGCCAAAGGCGAAGACUCCAGCAGUCCCAGCAAAAGCGUCUCCUGCCAAAGCCUCUGUAGCUGCCGCAGUUAGCGCCCCAACACCCAAAGAUGCCCCCAAAGGGCCUUCCAAAAACGCAAAGCGUAAGUCGAAGGGAAAACCCGGAAAGCCGAUGACGGCUGAGGAGAAGGCAGAGACUCCAUGCAUUUUCAAUCAGAUGCCUAAUGUUUGUGUUUAUGGGGAUAAGUGCCAGUCAUGUUAA